ACCUACCAAUUUGAACAUUUAAACAUAACAAAAGCAAUCUGAAGAAAGGCAGCUUCUAUAUAUACACAACCAUCCAAUCCGUUUCUCUUGCUCAAAACCUUUUUGUCUGAGUGAAACGGAGGAGAUUUAAUCUCCCACAGAAACCUGGAAAAAUGCAGGCAAGCGACAGAUUUAAUAUCAAUUCACAACUCGAGCAUCUCCAAGCAAAAUAUGUGGGCACCGGGCAUGCCGAUCUUAACAGAUUUGAGUGGGCGGUGAAUAUACAGCGGGACAGCUAUGCAUCAUAUGUGGGUCACUAUCCCAUUCUCGCCUAUUUCGCCAUUGCAGAGAAUGAGUCUAUUGGAAGGGAGCGAUAUAACUUUAUGCAGAAAAUGUUGCUGCCAUGUGGUUUACCACCUGAACGAGAAGAAGAUUGAGCCUUUGGUUGAAAUUAAACUUGCUUAGAUUUCACCACCUUAUACUAUAGUUGUUGUUCUUUAUCUGCAGCAAUGGAUGUGUAACAAUGAGGAGAAAAUAAUGAUUUCCUUCCAGGAUAAUUAAAUGUAGGCUGGAGCAAUUUUUCGAUUUUCUUAUAAGAGUUUGUGUACUGUUCAACUACAUAAGUGAAGAGUGGGUAAAAGUGAAAUAUUUACUUUUAAUAUUUGAAAUCGUUUAACACUUCUAUAUGAUAUUUGGAUACUUUCAUACAA